CUAGGUUGAACCGCGCCAUCGUAGCCACCAGGUCUGGCUUGCUUCAGACCUGCGCAUUUUAAACUCAGAGAUACCUCACCGUAGUGCAUUCCAAGCAUCAUGUUUUCUCAGGUAUGAAUGACCCCUCAUCUUCUCACUCUCCGCAACAUCGGGAGGUUACGACCGUGCGGGUGCUUUCGAUGAGGCUGUAUGGAUCGAUGAUGGUUGACUGGGAGCUACGUUUUGAGGGCAUGAUGGGAUGCCUAUCUUGAGCCUCCGAAAGCUUCACAAGAAACCGUAUUCCGCCGUCACGGUUAGCAUAGAGACGCUGACCGCCGAGACAUAUGAUGAGGAUGAUAUGAGCGGCAUUCCUGACCUCGUAGAAGUCAUCAAACUCCAAGCUUCCGGCCCCGCGGAGGCUGCCCGCGCCAUACGCAAGAAGCUCAAGUACGGCAACGUUCAUCGCCAGCUCAGAGCUUUGACCAUCCUGGAUGGCUUGAUCCAGAAUGCCGGCCCGCGUUUCCAACGAGCUUUCGCCGACGAGACCUUGCUGGAACGACUGAGAGUCUGUGGAACCUCUGAUCUCUCUGACCCUGACGUCAGAAAGAAGUGUACCGAGUUGUUCCGCAGCUGGGCUCAGUACAAGAGCACGCCAGGCUUGGAGCGUAUUGCGAAACUGCACCAGGAACUACCCAAGCGCAAGGUUGCUGUGACCCAGGAGCGAUCCAAGGCUGUGCGGGAGACUGAGAAUCCCUUUGGGGAGGAGGAAGAGGACAAGCCUCCUUCGCCCACCACCCGUGCCGGCGAGUCAUCUAGGCCUCAGCAAACGCCGUAUCUGCCUUACGGUAACACAUCCACCGUCACCAACUCUUUCAGCCACUCCAAGUCCUCUUCCCAUUCUGGCGGCUCCUUCUUCGGGUCGUCAAAGGAUAAGAAGAAGAAGGACAAGGAUAAGAAGGGCAAGCGCAAGCCCUUCAACCUGGAACUGGAGAAGGACGCCAUGAAGAGCGCGAUUGCUGAGAGUUCCAUCGCCACUACCAACUUGACCAACCAUCUACAGAGUAUCAACCGUGAAAGGGAACGGAUUUCUGAUAACGCCCAGGCUGUACAGCAGUUCGAAAGCUGCAAACAGCUUCGACGAAAGAUUCUCCGCUAUAUCCACCACAUUGAAUCCGAAGAGUGGCUCGGCAGUCUCCUCCGCGCCAACGACGAGCUUGUCACGGCGCUCAUGACUUUUGAGCAGCUGGACCGCUCGAUUGACGCCGACAGUGACUCCGAUGAUGAACUUGCCGAGCAAGCUCACAUGUACAGAAUGGUGACAGAAAAGGCCAAGCAAUCCAUGUCUCCACCUCCUCCCGACGUCUCUGGUCUGAGCAUCGGCAACACGCCGCCUCCCCGUCCGCCUGCUCCACCUCGCCCGGUCCCGAUGGCGAGGCGAUCUCCGCCCGCCCCGGCACCUGCCCCGGCGAAGCCCCCGAGACCUCCUGUCCAGAAGGUUGUUGAGCCUGACUCGGAGGAGGAGGAAGACGAUGAUGACCCCUUUGCCGACAAGAACGCACUGGAAAUGCCAGCGAUCGAAAGAGCAGAGCCUAGAUGGUGAUACCUGACCGCCAUAACCAUGACCCAUCAUACCUUUUCAAUCUUCUUUGUACUUUCCCUAUGUCAUUCAAGGAUAUCCCGCCGCAUUGAGGGGUUGGAUUAGUGGUCGAUAGAUCGCAUCAGGUGCAAGUUGAAUACCUCAAGUCAUCUAGCAAAGCGUCCCGUUUUAGACUUUUUCCUUUCUCCUCCGUUGAUGGGCGAUUCAAGAGCAUACAUGAAAUCCUACUAUUUCGGUGCUAUUAAUUUGGGUCGCCACUAAAGAGUACAGAACGUCCCGAUUUCUGAACUUCCGAAAUCGGU